UCGUAGCCAUCGAUUCUCAAUUCUGUGGAGAAUCACAACUCUCUGAAAUGGUAUCUUGCAUUUGCAGCCUAUGCUCUCCUCUUUUAUAAAUACCUAUCAAAUCACAGCUCUCUCAAAUGCAUAGCAGUUCUUGGAUCUUCUGAUUGCAAGUUUGGGGAAGAUGACACAUCGUCCCAAGUAUACACAACCUGCCUACGACAAAUUGGUGAAACACAAGAUCCCAAAAUCCAAUGAUCCAAAUCGUGAUCAAGCUGGAUCGAGCACAAGCGCACGAGAUGUCAAGUUUGUGCUGUAUGGAUCACCCUUAGAUCCCUGCAGCAGAAUGGUGCAGGCAUAUCUGAAACAUAAAAAUAUUGAUUGCCAAUAUUUUAAUGUGGAAAAGAAAGUAGGGUUCCUGGCUUUAAAAUCCUCUGGAAAAGUUCCAGUACUCAAGGAAGGAGAAAAUCGCUCGUUCUUCGGGUCAAAGAAUAUCUUGACGUUCUUUGGAAAGCGGUUCAACAAUGUGCAGAAACAAGAGGUUAUAACUGUCGAAGAAAAAGUGAAUGAUUUAAAUUUGAAGCAUGUCGAAGCCGAACAGAAUGUCAAAAGUUUGCAGAAAUUUCUACGUGAAUAUGGGGAGAGGCAGUUAAGGUUCAUGGAAUAUUACAGCCUUCCUGACCUGACGUAUCUCAUGAUGCAUCGUCCAACUUUUGAAUCUAUACUGGAACAUUUACGUGAAAAAUCUCUGUUCGCGACAGAUGAACACGUUAAAGAGUGGUGGAAAAACAUUUCAUCCCCAAAAGAAUGGAAGUUAAUUAGCAAAUAAUAAAAAUAUUAACGAAUCCUCUCUUUCUGUGUUUUGCAGACUUUUGAAAUAAUAGCACUCCAUGAUUUCUAUCUUGUAGAACAGUGAAAAAAUAAUUCCUUCCUUUACAGAGGUUUGGUUAUCACAUUGUCUACGAACUUUUUUAAUUUUCCUACGAUAUCCCUAGUCCCGUUGUAAUUUGGAUUAGGGAUGGGACAUUGAACUCGUAAAAUGUUAUGGUGUGUUGGUUAUGAACAUAUAAUAGUUAAUGUUUAUGAGUAUUAUUAUUAUAA